AUGGGAGUUGAUAAUAGCGUGUCAGUGGAGAAGUUUUGCAAAAACUUCAAAAUUGAAAUAAAUCGUCUCACUGAAGAAGAUGAUAUGGAGUUUGAUAUGAUUGGUAUUGAUGCAUCAAUAGCUAAUGCAUUCGAAGAAUCCUCAUCGCAGAGACUAGGACUUAUUCCACUUCAUGCAGAUCCAAGGCUUUUUGAUUAUAUCUCAGUGAAAUCUAGUGAACUAGAGUGGCUACCAGAAGGUAGCCAAUUAAGCAUGGCAGCCCCUGCGCAGUCUGGGGACAAACAGAAGACUUUCACUUCCUUCAGUCAAAGCCAAAAGGAGAUCUUAGAAAAGCCUCUUGGUGUGAAGUUUAAAGAUAUUACUAUUGCCAGGCUUGGGCCAGGACAGGCUAUUGAGCUCGAGGCACAUGCUGUUAAAGGGAGUUAG